AUGUCGACUACCUCUGCCCUGGAAUUCUCCAAUUUGCCCACCGAUGCAAUUGGGAAAAUCAUUGAGAAAUGUGAUCUCAAAGAGCAAUUGACUCUCCGAAAAGUGUCGAAAGACCUGCGUUCUCUUGUUGAUAAACAGAAACUCGCCUACAAAUCGAUCCUGAUCAAUCCGUCAGAUUCGUAUAUCGAUUGUGUGUACAACGACAAAGAUGUUGUGUAUGCAAGCGAGAAUUGGGAUAAUUAUAUGACUAAUGAAGUCUCCGUCAUCAGAAACGAUGAUUACGUGAAAAUCGCUUUGAAUGAUUUGUCGAUUGCACUGAAUAAUCGAAAAUUGCGAUUGGAUGACCUAUACCUGGCAUUCUGCGACUUCUCCUCUGAUGUAAUGAAUCGAUUCAGAUUGCUUCUGAAUAGUCUGAAUCACCAAAUACACGUCAAAACAUUGACAGUCCCUGCGGGAAAUCCGGAAUAUCUUCUAUCGAUUCUCCCCUUUCUCAAACCGAAAGUGCUUGAGAAUAUUGAAGUUUUAGGAGGAGAAGACACUGAAGAUUGGGCAUCAGAAAAAGGAGCGGAAAUUGUCAGAAAAAUCUCGAGUCUGGAACAGUGGAAGCAAGCGGAACAACUCACUACUGGAUAUUAUGUCGGUGACUUCCCAGCCGAAUUUCUCAUGCAUUUCAAACGUUUCGUGAUUUUCAAGUGGCGUGUCGACAAGGAUUUCUUGAUGAAUCUCAGAGAUUUAUUCUCCACGUCUACCAACUUCGUGUCGUGCACUGUCGAAUCAGAUCUCGCCGACUGCACUGAACACCUCGAAUCGUUCUGUGAAAAAGUGGAAUCUGGAGGAGAAGUCAUCUACCACUACAAGAUUCCUGAUGAGUCGAACAAGAUUUUGGAGUUUAAAGUAGACUAUAACCAAGACGAAAUCGUUAUCGAAAAGAAGAAGUUUUGA